GUGAUUUAAUGGCAGACUAAAAUCUUAAAGGAUAUUGUCAAAAAUGAGCAAAUCCGCUUCAAUAUCCGAAUCCUGCGGAAUCGUCUGCACAGAAGUGUUUGACGAGGCAUGCAAUCCUUCGCAGGAAGAGAUUGACCGUUAUGCCUUGAAAAUCGGUCUGGAUCCUUCCGAGAAACAUCUUUACCACCUAGCCAAAGAGGGAUUGAUGGAACCAUUGCCAAAACAUUGGAAACCUGUCUGCGAUGAAAAUACUGGCGCUUUUUACUAUUAUAACAAAAACACUCGUCAAACGCAAUGGGACCAUCCAGUUGACGAAAAAUAUAGACAGAAGGUUAACGCGGAAAGAGCCAGAUUAAAAAUGAAUUCAAAAAUAUCUUCGAAUCACGAAUAUUAUAAAAAUGAUCCAACAUUAACCAACACCUUUCUCAAAUCUAACAAAUUUCCAAAUACCGAACCCAUUCAAAGUUUUGAUGCAAAGCCAAAAAGAUUAGGCCGCUUUUCUGAUAAACAUUUUUUACAAAAUGCCAGCAAGGCUGAAGUCGUUGAAAAAUUGUCCAGUGAUUUAGUUGAGAAGAGCGUACAUUUUAAUUUGGAUAAAAAUUAUAAAAUUAGUUUAUCAGAGAGUGAUGGUGAAUCAAAAGUUGCUUCAACAGAUAGGUCGGAUAGUUAUGGUGAAAAGUAUGAUUUUGAUUUUGUAAAGGACAUUAAAAUUUCUAUGAUGGAUAAAUCUAACCUCGAGAAAGACGUUGAAAAUGGAGCAUCUUCAAUUUUGACCUUCAGACCUAAUGCUGAAAAAUUUAAUAAGAAUCCUUUCCAAACGGAUAUUGGCAAAAACACUUUAUUACAACCCAUUAAGAAAACGGGGUACGUGCAAUCUCAUGAACAAGAUCGGAAUGGUGCUAAAUUUAAAGAAAAUUUAGGAAAAUCGGAUAGUUUUCCUUAUAACGAAUCUAGUCAAGAUAAAUUUCCUAGUCAAGGAACUGUGAAAAGUCUUCAAAGCAGAUUUUCUGUCCUGACGAAUCCUUUUAAAAAGUUGCCGCCGUUAGGAAAUCAAAUCGAAGCCACUCGACCUGGUAUACGCCAAAAAUCAAUGAGUGUUGAUGGCGAAAGUAUACAGAACGAUCUUAUUAAAAAAACUUUUAUAAAAGACAACGAAAAAAUUGUGCAAGAUGACAGCAUGCAUUCGCUUUUGAAAAAGUUUGAGUUAAGUAGUAGUAAAAAUCGCGAUGAAAAGAAUGAAAUUGAUCUGUUAGGAGAGCAUGCAAUUGAUGAACAAAAGUCUGGAAUUAGUUUAUCUUAUUGCAAUACAGACAUUGGAAGUGAUAAUAAAAGCAAUGCAAGUUUUUCAAAUCGCGAUGUUAAGAAAACAGCCCAAAUGCGUAGAAAUUUGUUCUUCUCAAAAAUGACAGAAGCGGUCAAAGCGAAGCCCUUAUCCAUCGAUACAGAUUCUGAAACUGAUAGUUUAAAGAAAAACAAAAAAAGUCAUAGGAUUAUUAUAGCAGAUGAAGUAAAAAUAUCUAAACCAAAACAUUCUGAGUAUUCAGAAAAGUCUAUUAGGGAACCACUAAAAGCAUUUCCUUUAGAAAGUGACGAUUCAACAGCUUUCGACAUCUCCAUAAAUUUAUCCAAUUCUGAAGACCACUCAAAAAUGUCUAACGCAAGAACCAAGCAUGAUUUAAUAGAUUUCAGUAAAGAUAUAAACGACAUAUUAGACAAUAACGUAGACGACAUUAUUUCUGAGGGUAGUUAUGUCAAGCUGUUGAUACCUGACAAUCUAGAUGCCAAAGUAGUAGAAAGUAAUUCCAAAACAGUACAAACUAUUCCAAAAUCUAACGAAAAGAAUUUAGAAACAGAAAAAUUAGAAAAAUCAAACGAAAUCAGUAAAACCAGUUCAGACACUUCAGUUGAAUCUCAAAUCCAAUCAAAUAUGCACAACAUUUCAAAGCAGGAUGCCAAUAAUAUAAGUAUGAAAAGUCUUCUGGAUUAUGAUAUAAUUGAAUUUCCCUUAGAAAAGAAAGAAUUAAAAAUCGAAGAUGUUGCAGUGAGGCAGCUUGCCAAAAGUUCACAAACUGAUUUAGAGCAGAAAAAAACUGGUCUUGAGAAGUUCACCCAGACGAUAGAUAUUCCCAAUGUCUUGGACGACCAGGAGCGCAAGGACAAGAAACGUCUGGAGGAAAAGUACCGCAUGUUGAAAAUAAAAUACAAUAAGUUAAAACGCAAAGCAAACGCUACUGUAAUAGCAAACGAUCAUUUACAAAAUGCGGCAAAUAAAACUUCAAACUUGCCGAACGAAAACCAAACAAAUCAGCAGAAUCCAAACAACGGCGACUUAUCAGAAAGUGACGACAAUUACCGCUACAUAAACAACAACAACCACAACGAAUCCAGCAAUAAACCAACAAAAUAUGAAUGCCUAGAGUCUUUAAAAAAGAAUUUACGCAAAAUAGACGCUUUGAUCGACUUGGUUCCACCAAAUCACGGGGAUACUUUGCACUACAAAUAUCCUUUUAAGGAUGUUCUAACAGAUGAUGAGGAUAUCUCUGCAGCUGGAAGUGAUAUAAGCUACAUUAGACACAGGAUUCAUAUUGAGCAAAAAAAUGUGGCGGUUGCCAAAAAUGCUUUGAGGAGGGAAGAGGAAAGGAUUAAGAAUAAAAUAAAGAAAAUUGCUGGACUUGAACAACUGGCUCAGGUGAAUCGUAGAUUGCAUAAAGAUAGACAUAAAAAAUGGCCAUUGUCUUAUCAAUAA